AUGGAAACAAACACUUUGUCUCCAUCGCUCCUCAACAAGCACAGAAUCAGCACAACUAUUGAUCGUCUAACUUGGCACUUUCAACAAGGCAACCGAAGUGAUUCUGUAGAAUUUACCAAACUAUGCACCAUCCUAUCUCGAGGGAUUGAUUUUGCAAUUGCCAACUGCGAAACUCCACCGCCAAAAGCUAAUAAACUGCCUUUCUUGAUAAAACAGAUGAACCAUCGAAGAAAGACUGAAGAUGUACCAUCAUCACUAGCAUGUGUGAUGGUUUUGUGUAUAUCUGUUAAAAAUGCAUGUAAAUUUGGAUGGUUCAAUAUGAAAGAUUCGGAAGAAAUUUUAACUAUUGUUGACGAGUUAGGAAAGAUGUAUUGCACCAUGGGAAAUUUACAUACCGGAUUUAGGUUUUCGUGCCAUUCUACGGUAUUAAGUGAAGUAAUGAAAAGGUUCUAUCCAAAUAUGAAAUUGGGUCCGAUAAUUGUGUUGAAUCAAGUCAACCCUGGAUAUGGAGCUUCUAUUAUUGAUUUCAAUAUAACUAAGAAUACUUUUCAACCGGAUAAAAAAAUUUGGUUACUUGUGGCGCAAACCGAUAACAUUGAGACAUCUGCGUGCCUGAUCAGCCCUCGGGAAGUUAAUUUUCUAGUGAAUGGACAAGCAAUUGACAAGAGGUCUAUGUGUCGAAUGGACCAUGGACCACAAAUGCCAACUUCUGUAGGUCAGUUCAAUGGUCAUUAUGUUGUACUUGUUGCAUAUAUGAGUUAUAAUGUUGUUGCAUCCUUGCGGCCUGAGCAUCUACCGGAUUAUGUUCAGCCUGUUGGUGGAUAUUCAGAUUCAGAUAUUGUUGAGGGGGAAUCGCGAAUCUCACUUUACUGUCCGAUAAGCUUUACACGUAUCAAGACGCCUGUUAAAGGGUGUUCGUGUAAACACUUCCAGUGCUUUGACUUUGACAACUUCGUUGAAAUAAAUUGUAAGAGGCCAUCCUGGCGCUGCCCACAUUGUAAUCAGUAUGUCUGUUAUACAGACAUUCGUCUUGACAGAAACAUGAUUGAGAUCCUCGAAAAAGUUGGUGACAACGUUAUGGAAGUCAUUGUCCAUGCUGAUGGAUCGUUGAAGGAGGAAGUCUUAAUGGAAAGCGAUUCCUCAGGCCUCAGCAGUAGCAACACAGGUUCUCUCUUUAUUAAUUUAUCACUGUGUAAUGCUAGCGGGAUCAAGAGCAGGAAGAAGAAGAGAGCGAUUUUGGGAAUAAGCAAAGGAAACAACGAAGAAGGAACAAAAAAGGGGAAAAAGAGUAACGGUGGUAGUGGUGGAAGCAAAAAGUAUACUAAUAUAAAUGUGACACUAUCUAUGGUAGCAUGA